AUGGCCUCAAUUACUAUCCUCUCCGAAGAAUCCCGCCAAAAUGCCGCCCCAGAUCCGAAGAAAGAUGAAAGACUCCUCCCCAAACUCAUCGAGAAAUUCGCAGCCGAAGACCCAGAUUUCAUCAUUGGCAUGAACGCCGUCCUCCCCGAAACACCAAACGCACCACUUCAAUACGAUGAACUCACCGUCUCCCGACUGGACAACGCGAUCAACUACAUGGCCUACUGGAUCGAACAGUCUAUCCAAAAGCUCCACCUGUCAUCCAACGAACCAAUUGGGUACUCCGGCCUUCAAGAUCUCCGAUAUCUAGUCCUAGAAAUCGCAGCUAUCAAGAUAGGAAGACCAAUUCUUCUUCCUUCGCCAAGAAACGCGGUUGUGAAUACGAUUUCACUAUUAAGAGAAACGGGGUGUAGGGUUGUAUUUUACAGCGGGGAUCUUGGGGUCCAAGAAUCCGAGCUCAAGAACUCAAUUCCAGAACUUACGAUGCUUGAAGUCCCUCUACUAUCACAAAUGACAAACAGCGAAACACCUCAUUAUCCGUACACCAAAACCUGGGAACAGGCUAAAGAUGAUGUGGUUAUGAUAAUCCACACCUCAGGAUCCACAGGCGUUCCAAAACCCAUCUGCCACAAUAAUUCCGUGAUUCGUCGUUUGGAUAUCGAAUCUGAAAUCCCCACCAUUCCAGGACGUGUAAACGCUUCCACCUCGCUCUGUGAGCCUGGAAAAGCGGUGUUAUGCGGAACGAAUCUCUAUCAUUUAAGUGGCAUCUGCUUCACGCUCAUGGCGUUGUUUAAUCGGUAUACAAUCGUUUUCGGUCCUGCGGAUGGACUGCCGAGUGGGGAGGUGAUGUAUGAGAUGAUUAAAAGUAUGAAGUUCGCCGGCUUGGUUAUGGUGCCCAGUUUAUUAGACCACUUGAUCUCGAAGCAUGGAGAGGAGAUUGAGGGGUUUUUGGGGGAAUUGGAACAUGUGAAUUGGCUUGGUGGCCCCCUAAGUCCCUCAACCGGCUCCUGGAUAAUUCAUCACCUCCCCACCGUAACACUCUGGCAAAUCUACGGCUCCACAGAGAUGCACAUGUUCCCUCUCCUCAUCCCCCCGAAAUCGCAUUGGUCGUACCUCGAAUUCCACCCUAGCUUCACACCGGAUCUCGAUCUGGUUGACGCAGAUGAAGGACUGUAUGAAGUUGUCGUCCGUCGACCCGCUACCAUCACCACGCCCGUGUUUGAUAUCUUUCCUCACCUUGAUGAAUGGCGGAGUCGCGAUAUCCUACGUCGUUGCACGGAUCCGGGAUUUGAGAAUCUGUAUAGAUACGAGGGACGUACGGAUGAUGUAUUGGUUCUGAGUAAUGGACUUAAGGUCAAUCCGUUGCAUAUCGAGGUGGUGGUACAGAGUUGUGCGUUUGUGGCUGGGUGUUUGGUUUUUGGGGAGGGGAGGACGAGAUGUGGGAUUUUGAUUGAGGGGAGGGAGGGGGAGGAGGAGUUGAGUGAGAGUGUGUGGAGGGUUGUUGAGGGGGCUAAUAGGGGGGUGCCUGAACAUGCUAGGAUUGCGAGGGAGUUGGUUGUUGUUGGGGUAGAGAGCAAGAGAUUCGUGAGGUCUAGUAAGGGAGCGCCGAUUCGGAGGUUGACAUUGGAGUUGUAUGGGGAGGAGAUUGAAAGAGUUUAUGAGGGUUUGAGUUGA